AGUUGAUGGGCCCUAUUAGUAUUCGCGUCCUUUGGGUGCGCAGUGUUGCCAGCCACGUCAGGCCUGUAGCAACUGUUCUUCUACUGCCUCUCCAAGGUUAGAUAUAGGCCCUUCCUAAUAGCUGGAAACACUCAAGGAAACAGACUGGGAGCCGACUUGAGACCGCGAGAGCAGGAAUUAAGUUUUUCAACGUUUUCCGGCACAGUUGUACGCUUAGAAAUUGUCGGCUUGGACACUGGCCGUGUUAUUUCGUCUCAAUAGGAGGUUGUAUAGCUAAGAAAAGACCGUUACCGUCCGUCUUAUUGGUGCUUAAUGGAAACGCGCAAUCAUAAAAAAUGGUUGCAUUUGGAGAAUAUCCGUGAAUGCGAUCGUUCCCUCUUGACAUCGGUGCGUCAGAAAAGACACCUCAGCUAGCUGGAGUCCGGGUUGGGUGUGAAGUCUUCACUGUGCACCGUGUGCUGCUGGAGUGAAGGUGACUUGCGCCCCGUCGCAGUCAAGGCAAUGCGGAGAGGAGUCACGGGCGCUCAUCCGGUACUUUACCUGCGCUCUAGGGCUCUUCUUGGGAAAAAAUUGCUACCUUUCCCACAUUAGGAGGAAAGAACGUAAGACAUAGAGCAAUAAUAGCGUUCGAGGUUCAACACAGCCAAUAGCUGGCGAAGGUGAACUGAGCGUAAAUCGAGGAGAGAAUAAGGUGAACAGUAAGGUGCAGGGUGGUAAGGCAGGAAGAGAGAAAGUGGUGGAGUUUGGGGGGAUAAGACCAAAUCGUUCUGUCUUAGGGCUGUUUUAAUAGUGGAUGUGUAUGCAUGAGUUCUGCAUCGAAUGGGCGCAAAAAUCGCCCCAGAUCCGCCGGGAACAUCUUCCAGAUCGGCAAGCCUCCUUAUCGAGACUCACAAAGGAGGGAGAGCACCGAAAGUACCCGCAAAGCCCAGCGCGCCGUGGCCGACUGCAGAAUGAUCGUCCAAGAAUUCAAUACACUUGUGGCUCUGUACCGUGAGCUGGUCAUCUCAAUUGGCGAGAUCACUGUCGACUGUCCUUCGUUACGGGCCGAAAUGCUCAAGACCCGAACCAAAGGCUGCGAAAUGGCGCGAGCGGCACACCACAGUCUCUCCUUGAUAUCGGGGCCAGAGGACGGGGAAAUCCACCCUGAGAUCUGUAGGCUCUUCAUCCAGCUGCAGUGCUGUCUGGAGAUGUACAUCACAGAGAUGCUCAAAUCUGUGUGCUUGCUGGGAUCGCUGCAGCUCCACAGGAAAGGUAAGGACUCAUGUGGCCCUCCUGGCUUAGAUGGUAAAACGGAGGAAAGCUCAGACAUCCCCAUUCUGGAGGACACCUCUUCCUCCCCCACUGACUGUCCUCAGCUCUGCUGGCUGGUGGCCACUGACAUAGAAAACAUAGAAAAGGAUAUGAGGGAGAUGAAGAACCUUCUCAGUAAACUCAGGGAGACAAUGCCUUUACCACUGAAGAACCAAGAUGACAGCAGUUUGCUGAACCUGACUCCCUACCCACUAGUCCGACAGAGGAAGAGGCGGUUCUUUGGGCUCUGUUGCCUGGUAACCAGCUAAGGGCCCCGCCUUUGUGGGUAGGAGGCGGCAACAAAGACACCAUUACCCACUGUCCUUCACCACUUGUGUCUCCCACCAAUCUAUUACUGCCAUUUUCAAAUAAAUUGUCUCUUUCUCUUUUUUUUAACGGCUGCCCAUUUUAUAAUUUUAUUUUGUAAUACGAAGAAGAAUUGUAACUGCAGUGUAAUGAAAACAAAAGUCAUGAACAUAUAUUUUAAGAUAUUUUGCAACAGAUUUUCCCCUUUUUUGGUAAACGAAGUGCGAUAUCUGCUUGUCUGAUGUAAAAGGGAAUGAGAGUUUGUCUGAAAUGAUAAUAUCAAUGUUCUGUUACUUCCACAAGCCUGAGUGAAUGAAGUGGAUUUAUGUUUUUAUUUUUAAAAAAAGGGAAUCUAAAUGUCCAUUUUGUCAGAAAUAAUGUGAUAACUUAUGAACAGAUGCCAUUCACACAUCUGAGGACGGCUCUUGCAAUGACAAAGUUUUACUGUCGUUUGUCUAAGCUGAAAUGACAGGUUUGUGAAGAAUACGUUUGUGUAUUACAGUCUCCGUUUUCUGUUCCUUGCUGUUUUUCUUCUCAAUGUACUUAAUUUAGUCUUCCAUAAAACAAGAACCUGUACCCAACUUAAACUUUCCAGCUUCAAAAUGGAAUAGAUGAUACAAUAGUCAAAAGAAAACUUAUUUGCACACAAUAUCUAUCUAUAAAUCGAGACAUUAGACUUGUAUAUACACAUACUCUUUACGCAAUGCUCUCUGAAUUAUUUUCAAGGUUGCACGUGGUUAGUAAAGAAGCUGUUGGUAUAAGCAGAGAGCAUCUCUCUCUCUCUGGGGCAGUCAAGCAGACAGAGCGCAGCUUAUUAAAUAUAGUGAUCACUGUUUAUGGCAAGCUGAAGGUACAGUAGUCAAAGCUGAUAUAGGUCAUUUUACAUUGUUAAUAAAACUUUUGUUAUUGAAACUCA